AGCGGACGAGAGAGGAGAACCAGGCACAGGAAGCACGUGACUUCUGGGUGGAAGGGAGAAACCUGAAUUCACACAUCAGAACCCAAGACGCCCAGCGGCAGCAUCUCAUGCAGCUCCCACCUCUCGGGGCGCCCUGGACCCCCGGCCGCCCCGCCUUCCCCGUCACUCACUCCGUCCAGCAGAUGACAGGCCCCCUCGGCCGCCGGCCCGCGGACGCCGUCUGAGAUGGCCCCUCUCCGCCGCUGGGGCCUGCCCGCCGCGCUCCUGGCUCUGCUCCUCGGCCCAGGGGCCGGGGUGGCGGCGUUCGACGUGUACGCGUCGCCAGAGCAGCUGGUGGUGAAGCACGGGGCGUCCUCGGAGAUCAACUGCAGCACCAGCUGCCUGCAGCCGACCGUCAGCGGCUUGGAGACCACCAUGAGCAAGGUCCUGCUGGACAAGCAGCCUCAGUGGGAGCGCUACAGGGUCUCCAACUUCUCCACAGACACCAUCGUCUACUGCCACUUCACCUGCUCCGGGAAGCAGAUGCUUAGGAACAUCAGCGUCACCGUGUUCCACCCCCCGGAGCAAGUGCUGCUGAAGCUGCAGCCCACGUGGGUGACGGUGGGCAGAGCCUUCACCAUGGAGUGCCGGGUGCCGGCGGUGGCCCCCCUUGAGGACCUCACCCUCACCCUGCUCCGUGGCCAGGAGCCCCUGCACACGAAGACCUUUGAGGGGGCCACGGCCGCCCCACAGGAAGCCAGCGUCACCCACAACAGCACGGCUCACAAGGACGACGGUCGCCACAACUUCUCCUGCCGGGCGGAGCUGGACCUGCGGCCUCGCGGUGGGGCCGUCAUCCGGAGAACCUCGGAGCCCCAGGCGCUGGAGAUCCACGAGCCGAUGCCGGACAACCAGAUGGUCGUCAUCAUCGCGGUGGUGUCGGUGCUGCUGCUCCUGUUUGUGGUGUCCGUCCUGCUGUGCUUUGUCUUCGGCCAGCAGUGGCACCAGCGGCGGAGAGGCAAUUACGGGGUGCAGGCAGCCUGGCGGAGACUGAGGCGCUCCUUCCGGGCGUAGCCUGCCUGCGGGGCGUGGCCCUGCCACGGCAGCCACCGGACUCAGCGUGGCUCUCAGGGACGUGGCCCGUGGCCCGGCCACGGCGGAGGGACAGUGACCAGCAGCCGAGGACCGUGGGCACCUUUCCUUUUCAGGGCUGAAUACAAACACCUGGACUUAACCCUGUGCCUCGGGUCCCCUCCUGGGAGAGGACUUAACUAACGGCCGGGAAGGUGACUGACUCACUGGGCCUACACUUCUCUCCCCAGACGCCUCCUCAGGGUCCCUCCACCCUCUGCUCACAGCGGUCUCGGGCCAGCCAGUGCUGACCAGCCUAGGCACUCCCGGGGCGCAGUGACAUGUGUGCCCUGGCCUGGCAGGACUGAGACUCUGUUCCCUCACGCCCUCGGGAACGCGGGCCACUCCCUGUCGGAGCAGGACAUGGCCAGCAGAGCCAGCUUCCUGGGGUGCGGUGGAGGGUGGGGACCCCAAGGGAUCUGGCCCGGCUCCAGGACCCUCCCAAGCAGGACUCUUCCGCCUCUUGGCCUUGACAGAGCUGUGGACAACAGAAUCGUCUUC